GACAACCACCACCCAUCGACUCAGUUCCGGACAUCGCGAAGUCGACGACAAGAUGGGCAUUGAUCUCAACCGUCACCACGUGCGCGGCACUCACCGCACGGCUCCCAAGAGCCAGAACGUGUACCUGAAGCUUCUCGUCAAGCUGUACCGCUUCCUGGCCCGCCGUACCGAUGCCAACUUCAACAAGGUCGUCCUCCGCCGCCUGUUCACGUCCCGCAUCAACCGCCCUCCCGUCUCUCUGUCCCGCAUUGCGGCCAACAUCAAGGAGGAUGAGAAGCGCACCGUCGUUGUUGUCGGCACUAUCACCGACGACAACCGUCUGCUGACGGUCCCCAAGGUGACCAUCGCCGCUCUGCGAUUCACCGCCACUGCCCGUGCCCGUCUGGCUGCUGCCGGCGGCGAGGCCAUCACCCUCGACCAGCUUGCCCUCCGCUCCCCCACCGGUGGCAACACCCUGCUGCUCCGCGGCCCCAAGAACGCCCGUGAGGCUGUCAAGCACUUCGGCUUCGGCCCCCACAGCCACAAGAAGCCCUACGUCGCCUCCAAGGGCCGCAAGUUCGAGCGUGCCCGUGGUCGCAGACGCUCCAGGGGUUUCAAGGUGUAAGCGGGUUUUACGACGGAAUUGGACGAUCUGGGUCUGCUGCGGUUUGGCUCUCGCGUUCUUCGCGCCACGACGCUCAACGGAAGACGCGGUCUCGGUCAGGGAAAUGGUUAUGCAUGGUACUGGCGUCGAUCGGUAUCCCAAAAUUCGACGUAUGCGAAUACACACUCUGGCUUUUUGCCUUUACC